GGAGCCCGCGCUGCUGCCCUGCUCGCGCGCUCUCGCUCGCGCUGCCGGGGUCUCCUCAGCGCGGGGGGCGGCGGCGGCGGGUCCCGGCGGGUCCCGGCGGAGGCGGCUCCGACCAUGUCGGGCGAGGAGGAGGCGGCCGAGCUGACCAUCGCUGAGGACCUGGUGGUGACCAAGUACAAGAUGGGGGGGGACAUCGCCAAUCGGGUCCUGCGGGCGGUGGUGGAAGCGGCCAGCGCCGGCGCCUCCGUUCUCUGCCUGUGUGAGAAGGGAGAUGCCAUGAUCAUGGAAGAGACAGGCAAGAUUUUCAAGAAGGAAAAGGAAAUGAAAAAAGGUAUUGCCUUCCCAACGAGUAUAUCAGUAAAUAACUGUGUCUGUCACUUCUCCCCCCUGAAGAGUGAUCAGGAUUACAUCCUCAAAGAAGGAGACUUGGUCAAAAUUGACCUGGGAGUCCACGUCGACGGCUUCAUAGCAAACGUAGCACACAGUUUUGUCAUAGAUGCCUCCAAGGAAAAGCCCGUGUCAGGCCGUAAAGCUGAUGUCAUCAAGGCUGCUCAUCUCUGUGCUGAAGCUGCUCUGCGCUUGGUAAAGCCUGGCAACCAGAACACACAAGUGACAGACGCCUGGAACAAAAUAGCCCACUCGUUUCACUGCACCCCGAUUGAAGGGAUGCUGUCACACCAGCUGAAGCAGCACGUGAUCGAUGGAGAGAAAACAAUCAUCCAGAACCCUACAGACCAGCAAAAGAAGGACCAUGAAAAAGCAGAAUUUGAGGUCCAUGAAGUUUAUGCUGUUGAUGUUCUUGUCAGCAGUGGAGAGGGAAAGGCAAAAGAUGCUGGACAGAGAACGACCAUUUACAAAAGGGACCCUUCCAAACAGUAUGGCUUGAAGAUGAAAACCUCCCGUGCCUUUUUCAGUGAGGUGGAGAGACGCUUUGACACGAUGCCGUUUACUCUCAGGGCAUUUGAGGACGAGAAGAAGGCCAGGAUGGGGGUGGUGGAAUGCGCCAAGCACGAGCUGCUCCAGCCCUUCAACGUCCUCUAUGAGAAGGAAGGAGAGUUUGUUGCACAGUUCAAGUUCACAGUGCUGUUAAUGCCCAACGGCCCCAUGAGGAUAACGAGCGGCCCCUUCGAGCCCGAGCUCUACAAAUCCGAGUUCGAGGUGCAGGAUGGAGACCUGAAGGCCCUUCUACAGAGUUCUGCAAGCCGGAAGACCCAGAAAAAGAAGAAAAAGAAGGCCUCCAAGAACGCAGAGAAUGCCACCACGGGAGAGACAGCGGAGGAGAACGAGGCUGGAGACUGAAGCAGCUCCCUCCAUGUAGCACCUGAUUCACACACACUCAACUCCCUUUCCCCACCCCUCACCCCACCUCCAAAAAAACCCUUCCCCCCCAAAAAACAAAGACAAAAAAUCAAACAAACCAGAAGCAAAAGGAUCCAGCUGCUGUUGGUCUCUUUACAACCCAAACAAACAGCCUGGGUUUCCCACCGACCUGCAGCUCCUCUUUGCCUUUGCCAAUGAGGGAGGAUUCCCUCAGCCACAUCAGCCUACAUGAGAGAGAAAAAGGAAAGCAAGCAGAACAAAAGAAAUAAAAUGAGGAGUAAAAGCUAGUCUACAUCCACUCUUUUAAACCCUUUUGUACUCCCCAGAUGUUGUAAAGAGGUGACUGACUCAGCCCAUCCCAGCGAGAGAGGAGAGAGCUGCCUCAUUGCUUCUUCCUCCUCCUCCUCUUCUUUUCUCCCUUUUUUAAUCUUGUUUUUAAUUUUUAAUCUCUAAAGGGAUACAAAUAUUUUUAUCUUGGAGGGAAAAACCCCCCCCCAAAGAGCCCCCCAGUGAAUGAGGCCUGAGGAGAAGUGCCCAGCGCUCGGUGCCAUGAGGAGGCUCCUCCAGACCUCGGCCUCAGGGCACAGCUUCAGCCCCUGGCUCAAAGUUUCUAAUUAGAAGGGAAAAAAACAUCAAAUUUUACAUCCCUCCCUCACCAGACUGUAGCCUGUUGUGUCUGCUCUGACCUGUCUCUGCCUAGAAACUCUAUUUUUUACUACAAGCUCGUUUUUAAACUGACCUUUUCCCUCUUGGCUCGGGGCGGCGGGUUUUCAUUCCUUGGUGUCCUGAGGGGUUUAAUUCUUCACCCCUUUCCUCCUCCUCACCCCUGGAGUGGGUUUAACGACCCAUGAGGGGUUUAAUUCUUCACCCCUUUCCUCCUUCUCACCCCUGGAGUGGGUUUAACAACCCAUCAGGGGUUUAAUUCUUCACCCCUCUCCUCUUCCUCACCCCUGGAGUGGGUUUAACAGCCCAUCAGGGGUUUUGUUCUUCACCCCUCUCCUCCUCCUCACCCCUGGAGUGAGUGUAACAGCCCAUCAGGGGUUUAUUCUUCACCCCUCUCCUCUUCCUCACCCCUGCAGUGGGUUUAACAGCCCAUGAGGGGGUUUAUUCUUCACCCCUCUCCUCCUCCUCACCCCAAGGGUGUGUUUCCACAGCCUUUCCACUCUUCCCCACACAGCUCUCACAGGUCUCCCACCCACAGGUGAAAGACAAGAGGCUGCAGGAGCCUCCAGAGGCCGAGCUGGGGCUGUUUUUGCUCUUUUCUAAUCCUUUUUUUUACAAAACAACCAAAAAACCCACAAAAAAGCAGCUGUUUGAAUCCCCUGAACUCCAGGGGUUUGUUUUCUUUGCUGAUACACACCUGCCUCUGGUUCUUCCCCCAAAACAUGGGCAAAACCUCCCCUUUGAACCCACUCCGGGGGCAUCUCCACAGGCACCAGCUUUCCUCGCCAAGAGCUGGGUUUUUUCCCACCCUUCCUCCAACCUUCACACGUGCAAAUAAUUACCAAAGUCAAUAAAACACAAGAAAUAA